AUUCCUGGAGCCUGCAGGAGAGGAGAUACUGAACCAUCCAAGCCUCAGAUGCAUGUCUGCCUUAAAGGAGAACAGCCCUCCGUAAGCAUUGGCUCCAAAGAAUGUCAAGAAGAGGACCUUGAGCUUCAGGGAAACUAAACAGGCUGCGUCCUACUCAUAGAAGCCACUGGAGAUCAUUUGUCCUGGGGGAAGUCAGUUAUUAAGAGACUGAUGGAGAGACCUACACAGGGAAGAACAGAGACCUGUUACCAAGAUUCACACCAAUGAGCACAGAAGUGGAUCUUUCAAUGAGUCAUGCUUCAAGAUGACUGUAGACCUGGCAGACAUUCUGACUGCAAUCUCCUGAGAGAUCCUGAACCAACGGAGCUGUUCCACUUUCCUAAUCUUCAGAAACUGUGGUUGAAGAAGUAGAAGAAACAUGAUCCAAUGGAGCAGGGAAAUUACACCAGGGUGAAAGAAUUUAUUCUUCAAGGAUUGACCCAAUCCCGAGAGCUGAGCUUGCUCUUAUUUAUUUUCUUAUUUUGUGUGUACACAGCAACUGUGAUGGGGAACCUCCUCAUCAUGGUCGCUGUGACCUGGGAGUCCCGCCUUCAUACCCCCAUGUACUUCCUGCUCCGCAACCUCUCUGUCUUGGACAUCUGCUUCUCCUCCAUCACGGCUCCUAAGGUCUUGGUGGACCUUCUGUCAAGGAAAAAGGCCAUCUCCUUCAAUGGGUGCAUCACCCAGAUGUUCUUCUUCCAUCUCCUUGGUGGGGCAGACAUUUUCUCCCUCUCUGUCAUGGCAUUUGACCGCUACAUGGCCAUCUCCAAGCCCCUGCACUACGUGACCAUCAUGAGUCGGGGGAGAUGCACUGCCCUCAUCGUGGCCUCCUGGGUGGGGGGCUUCAUCCACUCCAUCGUGCAGAUCUCCCUCUUGCUCCCGCUGCCCUUCUGUGGACCCAAUGUUGUUGAUGGCUUCUACUGUGACGUCCCCCAGGUCCUCAAACUCGCCUGCACUGACACAUUCGCUCUUGAGGUCUUAAUGAUUUCCAACAAUGGCUUGAUCUCCACCCUGUGGUUUGUCUUCCUCCUUGUGUCCUACACAGUCAUCCUGACCAUGCUGAGGUCACACACCGGAGAGGGCAAGAGGAAAGCCAUCUCCACCUGCACCUCCCACAUCACUGUGGUGACCCUGCAUUUUGUGCCCUGCAUCUAUGUCUACGCCCGACCCUUCACUGCCCUCCCCAUGGACAGAGCUGUCUCCAUCACCUUCACUGUCAUCAUCCCUGUUCUGAACCCCAUGAUCUACACCCUGAGGAACCAUGAGAUGAAGUCAGCCAUGAGGAGACUGAAGAAAAGACUUGGACCUUCUGAAAAGCAAUAGAUGCUAUGAAUUCCAGAUUGGAAAAUAAGAACUGAAAAAAAUAUUUCCUUAUGACACAAUAGAAAGUUCCCUUCAAUAUACCAUCUUGAGACCAAAUUUUAUCCUUGCUCCACAGCGGAGUCCUCUACUAAGUCUUCCCUGAGACAAUCACCUCUGUAAGUUUUUCUCUGGGUGAGACUGAUGGCAAAUUAGAGCUUCACGUCUAUAAACUGUCAGCUCUUAAAGGAACUCAAAUGCUUAUACCAUCCAAAUACCUCAUCUUACAGGUGAGGGAAUAGAGUCUAAACAGAAAUUAUCUCUUGACUUUGGAGUUGUGGUAGCAUCAUGUGUUGCCUAGGAGAUAAUUAGUAAAAUGACUUCCAGGGACAGAAGUAAAGUCUAUAAAACCCAACUACUUCUCCUUAUGUAGAAGUUGGUCUUCCAUCACUAACCUUGGAGAAUUUGGUUUCAGUUUUUCCUUUGCAUAAGAUGAGGGAAGUUUCAUGUUCUAACAAAGAUUUCCUAGUUAAUGAAUGGCAGAGGCAAGACUCUCAAACCCUCAGCUGAGUGCACACUCUACUGUCCCUGCUGCCUCUGACAGGAUUUGUCAGAAUCUGAAACUACCUCACCUAUAUUAAUGUCUCCUCUGUUGUAGUAUCGUGAGAGGCACUUGUUGGUCCUUACUUCACAAAAGAGGACAUAUUGCAAGACUUCAGACUCCUGUAAGAAUUUCAACCCUAACCCUAACAUUUACAGUCAUUCAUUCCUGAGCAGACCUCCAGGAAGAAAGGAAUCCUAUCCCACCCGCAUCUCUAGAACAUGCCUGGCUCGCACAUGCCCAAGAAAUAAAACCUAAAGAAGAAAACCUACUUUCCAUCAUUCAGGGACUGAUCAGCUAAAGAUUACAAAUCUGCCCAUUCUCUUCAUUCUUUAUAGGAUUCUCUUUAGCACCUCUUUAAUAGAAGGAAGAAAUAUCAUUUGAUUCUAGUCAGUGUCCGAGAAACCUAUUUGUUAGGCUGAAAUUGGAAAUGAAUUAAAAUUUGGACUGGAUAUGUUGA